AAAACAGUCAACAGCCCUAAGCCCUGGGAAACAAAAAUUGCCGGCAGAAAAGAAGCAAAAUUAUCACAAGAAAAGGUGAAUUAUUCCUUAUAAAUCAUGUCGGGCAAGCCAUUUUUCGUACUGGACAAUGGCGCCUACACGCUGAAAUUGGGAAAAACGAGCGAAGACAAGCCAAAAUUGAUCCCGAACGCGAUCAUGAAGGCCAAGAGUGAACGGCGGCGGCUGUUCGUGGGCAGCGACAUCGACGAGUGCCGCGACGCCUCGGGCCUAUACUACAUCCUGCCCUUCCAAAAGGGCUACCUCAUCAACUGGGACACCGAGAAGACCAUCUGGGAUCACGCCUUCUCCAAAAACUGCUGUCCCGUUUCCUUUCCGGACACGCCGCUCGUUUUCACAGAGCCGCUGUUCAACUUUCAACCCCUUCAGGAAGGUGCCAAUGAGAUUUUCUUCGAGGAGUACGACUGCUGCCACCUCCUCAGGAUAAAUUCCGUCGACCUGAGUCAGAUCAAGUACCAGAGCGAGCACCCUGACUCAAAAGCCUGCUUGGUCAUAGACUGCGGCUACAGCUUCACCCACGUCGUCCCCUACGUCUUGGGCAAGCGGAAGAGCGACCUGAUUCGGCGCAUCGAAGUUGGUGGGAAGCUGCUGACGAACCACUUGAAGGACAUCAUCUCCUACAGACAGCUGCACGUGAUGGACGAAACCUACGUGAUGAACCAGGUUAAGGAAGACGCGUGCUUUGUUGCUCAGGAGUUCAUGACUUCCAUGGCGGAGGCGCAGCGCAAAGGGCCUGCCAAUUAUAUCCUGAAGGAGUACGUCCUGCCUGAUUUCACUUCCAUCAGGAGAGGAUACUUGAGAGACCCCAAGUCUGAACCUGAGGAGAGUGUACAGCUGCUGAGACUCAAUAAUGAAAGGUUUUCUGUGCCAGAGCUGCUAUUUCAUCCGUCCGACAUCGGCCUUCCGCAGAUGGGCCUGGCAGAGCUGAUUAUGCACGUCAUCAACGAGUGCCAAGAAGACAUCCAGCCACACCUCCUCCGAAACAUAGUUUUAACUGGAGGCUCAACAAUGUUCCCUGGCUUCGAGCAGCGUCUGAUGAAGGACCUUCGUGCACUCGCACCAUGUGAAUAUCAGAUUAAAAUCACCAUGCCCAGUGACCCCAUAGGAUACGCGUGGCAAGGAGGCAAAGUGCUGUCUACGAACGCGAAGGCUUUGAAAGAAAAGUUUGUGUCAAAGCAGCAGUACGAGGAACAUGGACACACAAUUUGUGCCGAAAAGUUUGACAUUUAAAUUAACUGUGUAGAUUACAAUUAAACAACUCUUUUAUACUGA